AUGAAACCAACAACAACAGUGAACCCCACAACAACAGCUAAACCUACCACAACCAUGAAACCAACAACACCACUCAACCCCACAACAACAGAUAAACCUACCACAACCAUGAAACCAACAACAACAGUGAACCCCACAACAACAGCUAAACCUACCACAACCAUGAAACCAACAACACCACUCAACCCCACAACAACAGAUAAACCUACCACAACCAUGAAACCAACAACAACAGUGAACCCCACAACAACAGCUAAACCUACCACAACCAUGAAACCAACAACACCACUCAACCCCACAACAACAGAUAAACCUACCACAACCAUGAAACCAACAACAACAGUUAAACCUACUACAACCAUGAAACCAACAACAACACUCAACCCUACAACAACAGAUAAACCUACUACUACUACCAUGAAACGAACAAAAACACUCAACCCUACAACUACAACUAAACCAACAACAACACUCAACCCUACAACAACAGCUAAACCUACUAAAACAGUGAAACCAACUACAACAGUUAAACCUUCCACAACAGCUAAUACGACCCCAACCAUAAAAUCAGAAACAACGCUUAAUCCUACAACGACAUUGAAACAAAUUACAACAGCUAAUCUAAAUACAACAGCGAAUCCUAUAACAGUGGCUAAUCCUUCCACAACCGUGAAACCAGCUACAACAAGUAAUCCUACAACAACAUCGAUUAAAUAUGCCACACCUAUAAAUCUAAUAACAACAGCAAGUUCAACCACAACAAAAUUUUCUACUGAUACCCAUCCUAAAGCAAGUAUUACAGAAAAGUUAAAUAUGACAACCAAGCCUACAAGCUCUAUAUUUGCUCCGUCUUCCACGUCAGAAUACUCUAAUGAUACACAAGGUGCAAUAACGACAUCGUAUUAUGGUAUAUUUGCAACAAACGCUUUAUCAGAAGAAGAUAACCUAACAACUACAAGUAAACAAUCAUCAACAACAGUUCAUAAUAGUUUCUUAACUUAUCAAACGAGAAAAGAUAUUCCAUUUUCUUCAAUUAUUAUCACCGAUACGUCGAUGACAGAGAUAUCAGCUACGAAUCCAACAACUAGUGAUUACGAUACAUCAGGAAACACCAGUUUACCACCAGAAGGUUUUAGUAAUAUUACUGGAGAACCAGGUGUAACAGGUUCAUCUACCAAUAGUAUAGACAAUGUUUACGAUACAUCAGGAAACACCAGUUUACCACCAGAAGGUGCUAGUAAUGUUACUGGAGAACCAGGUGUAACAGGUUCGUCUACCAUUGGUCUAGACAAUGUUUACUAUACAUCAGGAAACACCAGUUUACCACCAGAAGGUGCUAGUAAUGUUACUGGAGAACCAGGUGUAAUAGGUUCGUCUACCAAUAGUAUAGACAAUGUUUACUAUACAUCAGGAAACACCAGUUUACCACCAGAAGGUGCUAGUAAUGUUACUGGAGAACUGGGUGUAACAAGUUUGUUUACCAACAAUCUAGACAAUGUUUACGAUACAUCAGGAAAUACUAGUUUGCCACCAGAAGGUGGUAGUAAUGUUACUGGAGAACUGGGUGUAACGGGUUCGUCUACCAAUAGUAUAGACAAUGUUUACGAUACAUCAGGAAACACCAGUUUACCACCGGAAGGUGCUAGUAAUGUUACUGGCGAGCCGAAUGUAACAGGUUCAUCUACUAAUACUAUAGACAAUGUUUACGAUUUAUCAGGAAACACUAGUUUGCCACCAGAAGGUGCUAGUAAUGUUACUGGAGAACUGGGUGUCACAGGAUUAUCUACCAAUAGUUUAGACAAUGUUUACGAUACAUCAGAAAACACCAGUUUACCAACUGAAGGUGCUAGUAAUGUUACUGGAGAACUGGGUGUAACGGGUUCGUCUACCAAUAGUAUAGACAAUAUUUACGAUACAUCAGAAAACACCAGUUUACAACCAGAAGGUUUUGGUAAUGCUACUGGAGAACAAGGUGUAACAGGUGCGUCUACCAAUAGUAUAGAUAAUGUCUAUGAUACAUCAGAAAACACCAGUUUACCACCAGAAGGUUUUGGUAAUGCUACUGUAGAACCAGAUGUAACAGGUUCGUUUACCAAUAGUAUAGACAAUGUUUACGAUACAUCAGGAAAUACUAGUUUGCCACCAGAAGGUGCUAGUAAUGUUACUGGAGAACUGGGUGUAACGGGUUCGUCUACCAAUAGUAUAGACAAUGUUUACGAUACAUCAGAAAACACCAGUUUUGUUUCACCACCAACGGAAUCACCUUCUGGAAAACUGGCAUUACCAGUGUUGGAUAACACCACUGGUAAUACUAGCUUUUCAGAAGGAGGUUACGUUGGUGGUGAAGCACCAGGACAAAAUGGUGUUAAUGAUUCGGGAGUGACAGGAUCAUAUAAUACUAAUAAUCCAGACAAUGUGUAUUAUCCUUAUCAAUACAAGAGGGAUAACACCACUGAUAACGCCAGCUUUCCACAAGGUGAUUACGUUGGUGGUGAAACACCAGGAAAAAAUGGUUUUAUUGAUUCUGGAGUGACAGGAUCAUAUAAUAAUAAUCCAGACAAUUCUUAUCACCCUUAUCAAUCCAAAGUUGAUAACAUAACUAGUAACGCCAGUUUUCCAGAAGGAGAUUACCUCAAUAACCAAAUACCAAGACAAAAUCAUCAAGGACAAACUUUUCCAUCGGAAGAAGCCACAACAGGUGCCACGUCAAUGAAUAGAGAAAAAUCUGUUCCACAAAUAUUCACUCCAACCACAACUGAAAGAAACAUAUUGAUUGGACCAACAACAACAUCAACAGUGUGGCCUACCACAACCAUGAAACGAAGUACAAGGGAUAUUGCAAAAACAACAACAAACUCUACCACAAUAAUGAAACAAGCUACAACAGCUGAUCCAACGACAACUGAUACACAUGCCAAAACAAUAAAACCAACUAAAACAGCUAAACCGACAACAACGACUAAAUCAACCAUAUUUAUGGAAAACAGUACAUUUACUUCAAUUGCAAAAUCUUAUGCUACAACAGCAAUUAAACCAAAUACAAUAGCUACUCGAACAACGACUACAAAACUAACUACAACAGUUAAUCCAACAACAACAGCUAAAUCAACCACAACUAUACAAACAAUAACUGAGCUAACAACAAUAACUAAAUCAAAAACAACCAUGGAACAAGAAACAAUAUCUAAUCCAAUCACAGAAGUUAAUCCCCCAACAACAAACAAGCCAACAACAACAGCUGGACCAAACACAACGGUGAAAGCAUCUACAACAGUUAAUCCAACAAAAGCUAAGCAAACCACAAUGUUGAAACCAACUACAACACUUAAUCCAAAAACCACAUUCAAGCCAACCACAACAAUGAAUCCAACUACAAAAGUUAGUCCAACAUCAACCAAAUCGACCCCAACCAUGGAACACACUACAAUCCGCAAUCCAUCAACAAAAGUUAAUCCUACAACAACAAUGAGGCCAACAACAACGUCAAUGCAAACCACAACCAUAGAAACAAUCAAAGCAAAUAAAACAACUACAACAGAAAAUCCUACCACUACAAUGAGAGAAACUACAAAAGAUAACCCAACAACAACGACUAAGCCAACAACAACAACCAUGAAAGCAAUUACAACAGUUGAUCCAAAAACAACGGUUAAGGAAACCACGACAAUGAAAUCAAAGACAACAGUUAAUCCAACAACAACUAAAUCAACUACAAAUAUCGAAGAAACUACAACACCUAAUCCAACUACAGAAGCUAAUCCCACAACAACAAUCAAACCAAAAACAACAGCUAAAACAAUAACAACGAUGAAACCAACUACGGAAGCUAAUCCCACAACAACAAUCAAACCAAAAACAACAGCUAAAACAAUAACAAUGAUGAAACCAACUACGGAAGAUAAUCCCACUACAACAAUCAAGCCAAAAACAACAGCUAAAACAAUAACAACGAUGAAACCAACUACAACAGUAAACCCAAAAACAACUAAAUCAACCACAAUCAUAGCAGAAACUACAACACCUAAACCAACUACAGAGGUUAAUCCCACAACAACAGCUAAGCCAACCACGAUGAUGAAACUAACUACAACACUUAAUCCAAAAACAACGUUCAAGCCAACCACAACCAUGAAACCAACUACAAAAGUAAAUCCAACAACAACAAAAUCGACCACAUCCAUCGAAGAAGCUACAACUCUUCAGCCAAUGACAGAAGUUAGCCCUACAAGGACAAUGAGGCCAACCACAACGAUAAAAACAACUACAACAGUUAAUCCAACAACAAUGAAAACAGUUCAAACAACUAUAACAGAAAAAACUACCACACCAUUAAGACAAGCUACACAAGCUAAUCCAACAACAACAAUUAAGUCGACCCCAACCAUGGAAGAAAUUACAACCCCUAAACCAACUGUACAAGUUAAUCUCACAACAACAGCUAAGCCAACCACAAGGAUAAAAACAGCUACAACACAUAAUCCAACUACUGAAAUUAAUCUUAAUAGAACAACUAAACUAACCACAAAGAUGAAACCAACUACAACACUUAAUCCAGUAACAACUAAAUCAACCACAACCAUACAAGCUACUACAACACCUAAUCCAACUACAGAAAUUAAUCCCACAACAACAAUCAAGCCAAAAGUAACAGCUAAACCAAACGCAACGACGAAACAAAUUACAACAAUUAAUCCACCAACCAUGAAAACAGUUCAAACAACUAUAACAGAAAAACCUACGACAACAUUAAGUCAAACUACACAAGCUAACCCAACAACAACGUCUAACUCAAUCACAAUGAUGAAACCAACUACAACACUUAAUCCAAAACCAACGAAAUCAACCACAAACAUAGAAGAAACUACAACACCUAAUCCAACAACAGAAGUUAAUUCCACAAGAACAGCUAAACAAACCACAACCAUAACAACAACUAUACAAUCUAAUCCAACAACAACCACUGAGCCAACCACAAUGAUGAAUCCAACUACAACACUUAAUCCAAAAACAACGUUCAAGCCAACCACAACCAUGAAACCAACUACAAAAGGAAAUCCAACAACAACUAAAUCGACAACAACCAUGGAAGAAAUUACAACCCUUAAUCCAACUAUAGAAGUUAAUCCCACAAUAACAACUAAACCAACUACAACAAUUAAUCCCACAACAAUGGAAACGGUUCAAACAACUAUAACAGAAAAACCUACCACAACAUUAAGACAAGCUACACAAGCUGAUCCAACAACAACAAUUAAGUCCACCACAAUGAAGAGACCAACUACAACACUUAAUCCAAAAACAACGUUCAAGCUAACCACAACCAUGAAACCAACUACAAAAGGAAACCCAACAACAACCAUGGAAGAAAUUACAACCCUUAAUCCAACUACAGAAGUUAAUCCCACAAUAACAACUAAACCAACUACAACAAUUAAUCCUACAACAAUGCAAACAGUUCAAACAACUAUAACAGAAAAACCUACGACAACAUUAAGUCAAACUGCACAAGCUAAUCCAACAACAACGUCUAAGCCAAUCGCAAUGAUUAAACCAACUACAACACUUAAUCCAAAACCAACUAAAUCAACCACAACCAUAGAAGAAACUACAACACCUAAUCCAACUACAGAAGUUAAUCCCACAACAACAUCUAAACAAACCACAACCAUAACUACAACUACACAAGCUAGUCCAACAACAACGCCUAAGCCAUCCCUAAUGAUGAAACCAACUACAACACUUAAUCCAAAACCAAAUAAAUCAACCACAACCAUAGAAGAAACUACAAAAAUAAAUCCAGCAACAGGUAAAUCGAUUACAACAAGAAAAGAUAUUACAACCCUUAAUCCAACUGCAGAAGUUAAUCCCACAACAACAGCUAAACCAACCACAACGAUAAAAACAACUAAAACGAUUAAUCUAACAACAAUGGAAACACUUCAAGGAACUAUAACAGAAAAACCUACCACAACAUUAAGACAAAUACACAAGCUAAUCCAACAACAACUAAGCCAACCACAAUCAUGA